UGUAAGUAGUAGGUACAAUUGACGUAGAGCACUGAACGAGCAGCAAAGAAUAGGAUUUGGUUGAAAUCGACUCCUGAUGCCGAUGUUGCCUCGAGGUUAAAAAAAAAUAUGGACGUAGACUUGUUAAGGCCUGGUACGGUGCCUAUAUCCCCGGAUACCGUACUGUGGUUCGAAUUUCUCCUGAACCCCUCACUUUUGGAAAAACACAUUUCGAAGCCUUCGCCUGACCCCUCAGCAACAGAUCUUAUAACAAAAUUUAUUACAAUCAACUUGGAACAAACUAAUGAACAAAAUACCAAGGUCAUCGAUGUCGAAUGUAAUGAUGUCAAGGUCAACCCUACUCCCAAGUGGUCUUACAAAAAUAUUGCUUUAAAAAUUCUUUCACUGAAGGUGGCUGCCUAUUUGAAAUGGGAUUUAGAUUUAUUACUGGACAAAUUACCACUUCACAUACAAGUGGUAUUGCUCCAAGAUUUAUUUUUCAUUACUAUGGACAUUGUUGUUGAAAUACCAGUGUUACCAGAUAAUCUAUUGGAUAUUUCAUCUGAAAGAGUGUUAUUUACAUUGGUUCUGUAUCACAGAUGGGUCUUGAAAGCUAUAGUCAAUAGAGCUCUGAAUAAUAAACUAGUGAAACCUUUUCCAAAUAGUAAUUCAGCUAUUCAAGAAAAUAGUUUUGCAGCAUCUGCGAUCAAUGAUGAGCUCAUUAGAAAACUAGAUGCACAAGCAGCCAAUAGUAUUCAUUUUUUAAAUGCAGUUCUGCUAGCAAAAGACUUGAAACCAAAAAUUCUAAAAUUUGAUACUUUUCAAAUACUGACGGAAGAUUCCACAGAGGUCAAACAAGAUUGGAACAAUGUUUUUACAAUUACAGAAGAUGAAUUGAAGUGUCAGAUACAUUAUGAUUUGGCGGUGUUUCAUCUUUUGAAAGAAGAGAAUAAACUUGCACAAACUCACAUUAGUCAAGCCAAAGAGUUAUAUGCUAAACUUGAUACAUCAAAACCUUUACUGUAUUGUAGCAUAGAAAAAGAAUAUUUAGAGGGAUAUUGUCUUGCUUGUGAAGUACCUGUAGAAGGCAAAAGUCCAAGUCUUACAGAAAAAUUAUUUCGUUCUAUCAAAAAUCAAUAUGCAAAUGUAAUCGAAAUUCUACAAGCUGAUAAUUUAGCUAGAGAAAUAAUUUUGGUACAUAGAGACAAUUUAGAAUUAGACAUCGAAGGUGGUGUCGCCAAUAGAAAAAUCGUUGUACCCCCUGGUCUGCUGCUGCAAAUUCAGUGCCUCAAUCUUGUACGUAGAGUUUUAGAUAAUGAAGUACUUCUUGGAAACUAUGCAUUUUACAUUAGGACUGCAAAAGCUACAGGAUUAGAAGUAUUGUUCUGGGCUUUUGAUGGUGUACUUGAUAAGGCUACAGAUUUAGAUAAACAAAGGAUAGCUCGUUAUUUAUUAUAUCUUGUUAUCAUGGGAGAGAUUGACGGGCUUGCUAGUGCUAUUUUAGCUAAGCCUAAAUAUGUAUCUUUAUUUAAUGAAAAAGAACUAAUGGAGAUCAAAAAAGAGUCUUUACCUACAGAAUUAGAUAUACCAAGUAUUCUGUUGUCCGAUGAUUGGGAUAUUGAGCCAAUAGAAAGUACAUUUGUAGUAAAGAAAAAUGAAUUAGAACUACAUCGAUUAGAGAAUCGUCUCAUAUCAUCCUAUGAUCCACGAGACAUUGAAAUUUUAUUAAGGCAAAUAAUGCGAGAAAAUCCAAACUAUCCAAAACCGCUUUGGCAGUUGCAUCAUUCCUGGGAAAUCCCAAUUCCUUUGCAGAGCGUCAUAUCUUCGAUGCCUCAGGGCUUUUUAAAAGACUUCUUUUACAUUUUGUUGGCAAAAAGUAAAGAUUUGGCAUUGGUGAAAGAUUUUAUGAAAGCAAAAUCGUUAUUAAAAAUAGUCGAAAACGAAAUACAACGAAAUGCCCAAAGUUUGAAUGAAGCGUGUCACAAGUCUUCACUUUUGGGAGGAAAUAACAUUGUGUAUAAAUUAACAAGGCUUGUUAGCUGGGAAUUACUGUUGACCGAGAUAUGUCAUAGUUUGUAUGCAUGGCCUCCCAAUAAAAUUUGCGAUACAGAGGCAGUGACAACUUUGUGCAAACAGUGCAUAAGUACCAUUCAGUCAUCAGACCAGUUGAUACCCAGACAAGAAAUAAUAGAAUACUGUCUUGUAUUCCUUUUGAACAUGUCAGAAUGGGAUUAUUUGAUGAGCUUAGAAAAACAAUGGAGCACCUGUGAAUUUGCUGCUGCCUUAAGUAACGUAGCCAAACACAAAAAUCAGAAAUUUUCGAAAGAAGCUUGGGAUAUAGUUUUGGCAGCAUGCAAACAGAACAGGGAUAUGCCUCAAAAACGUAGCAGUAGUAACAGUGGAUCAGCGAAUACUGGCAUAAUAAGAGACUCUUUGGCCAGCAUAUCUUCGACUCUAUAUCGUCUAAGAGAAGCCAAUGUGUUGAACAUAGCGAUUUCCUUGCUAGCCAGAUUGCACAACGUUCUGCGUGACGAAAGUUUUGAACUCAACGCUGUAUAUUUGAAUAUAUGGCCUGCUAGUAUUCCAAGCCCAAAAUCGUACAACCCAAAGAUUAUUAGCGAAAUAUUAUUUCAACUUUUAACAAUAGCUUUAAAAUAUUAUCCAACUAACGUUCCUUGGCUAAGACUAAUGGCUGACCUUAAUUUUGUCUUAGGUCAUCACGAAAGUGCUAUGAAAUAUUAUUUGGAGGCGAUUAUCGUGGCUACUGAUUUUUUCACAUUACCCAUACGCAACCACAUUGAAGAUUCCGUAUUUCGGAGAAUGAUAAAAUGCUGUACUCAUCUACAGUGCUACACACAAGCAGUUGUUCUAUGUCAAUUUUUAGAAGAAGUUGACUAUCCGUUAGCAUUUAAAAUGGCUGGAAAUGAAACUAAAUCUGUAACUCUGAACGAUGCCAUGGAUGCUUAUUAUAACUGCAUUUGGGAUACCACCAUACUAGAGUAUUUGAUAAAUUUACACGCAAAACGGGGAGAACAUCAUCGUAAACAACUUGCGAUAAAAAAUAUCGGCCUUUUGGAACUAAAUUCUAAUAAUAAUGAAGAAAUUCAGAGGGAAGCUGCUAACGUACGAAAAGCUAGGUUUUUACGAGCAUUAUCGAAACAGUAUGUAUAUAAUGUUUAAAAUUAAAAAAUGUACUGUACAACCAAUGAAAGUCAGAUGAAUUUAAACUGUAUAUUUGCAAA